AUGUGGAAUCAUAAUUUGUGUCAUGCCAUUAAUUUGGACAGACAAUUUGAUCAUAUUAAUAAUAAUAAUAAUAAUAAUAAUAAUAAUAAUAAUAAUAAUAAUAAUAAUAAUAAUAAUAAUAAUAAUAAUAAUAAUAAUAAUAAUAAUAAUAAAAAUAAUAAUAAUAAUUCUUAUGACUACAGUUUUUCAGUGCACAGCAGUCAACAAUACUCACGCCAUUAUCCAAAUUCUUGCAACAAUGAACAAACAAAACCUAAAGAUUACUAUGAUCAUGCCUCUCGUUCACAACACGAUUACCAUGCUAAUGGUAGUAAUAAUGGUAAUAAUAAUAAUAAUAAUAAUAAUAAUAAUAAUAAUAAUAAUAAUAAUAAUAAUAAUAGUAAUAAUAACAAUAAUAAUAAUAAUAAUAAUAAUAAUAAUAAUUGUGAUAGCAACUAUAACAGCAAUAAUAAUAAUAGUAAUAAUAUUAGUAUUGCUAAUAUUAAAUACCAACAAGACCAACACUACCAACAUAGUGAUACUUAUACCUCUCAUCAAUACAAUUCAUUUAAUGAUAACAACAACAACAACAACAACAACAACAACAACAACAACAACAACAACAACAUCAACAACGACAACGACAACAAUGGUUAUAACCAAUAUGAUGAAUCUGAAGAAGAUGAGGAGGAACAAGAUGAUUAUGAUGAGUUUGAUAUCCAAGAUAGUGCAAGUAGUUAUAAUGACAAUUGCGGAGUUUUAAAUUCAAACACCUACAUUUAUGAUUAUCAAUCGCCACAACAACCUCUUUAUUCAAAUGAAUAUCAAAAUAAUAAUCAUCAGCCCCAACAAACAGAUAGUUAUAAUUAUAAUAAUACUAAUAACGAUAAUAAUAGUUAUAAUAUUAAUAAUAAUAAUAAUAAUAAUAGUUAUAAUAAUAACAAUAAUUAUAAUAAUAGUAAUAACAAUAAUAAUAUUGGUAAUAUUGAUAGUAAUACUAAUAAUAAUAAUUAUAAUUAUAACUAUAGUAAUAAUGGUGAUGUUUAUAAUGGUUAUAAUAAUAAUAAUAAUAAUAAUAAUAAUAAUAAUAAUAAUAAUAAUAAUAAUAAUAAUAAUAAUAAUAAUAAUAAUAAUAAUAAUAAUAAUAAUAAUAAUAAUAAUAUGAAUAAUAUGAAUAAUAUGAAUAAUAAUAUUAUUACUAGUAAUCGUGAACAAUUUUAUAGUAACAACAAUCAUAACAAUAUCAAUCAAUAUCAAUAUCAAUCACAACAACAACAAACCCAACAACAACAACAACAAACCCAACAACAACAACAACAAACCCAACAACAACAACAAACCCAACAACAACAAACCCAACAACAACAACAAUAUCUUACUCAAUAUUAUCAACAAGAAUUAUAUUCACAAUCCUACAAGUGCAGACCAUACUAUCAAAACUCAUUUGUUAUUUCAAAAUGUUAG